CCGAUCGGUCGAGGGGGAUGCAGGGGGAGAUCCGGAGCCCACUGUCUCUGAAGCCCUUGAAGGAGAGCUUGAAGCUGAAGCCGCCGGAAGAUUCUGGGAUCGGCUCUGGGUCGCUGCCGACGUCGAUAUUCGGGCGGGAGAUGGGGGAGGUGAAGAUGGAGGCGGAGUCGCAGGCGGCGUGGAUGGAGUUCGUGAAGACGUAUAAUUUUGGGCAUUUGGAUGAGUAUAAGCGGCAGAGGGAGAUUGAGGAGGAGAGGAAGAUUGAGGAGGAGAGGGGGUUUGAGCAGAAGGAGACAAAAACAAUGAUAAGAGGGGAGUCGUUUAAAAGCCUGCAGGAUAGCUUGGUCAUGUUGAAGAAUUCGUCCGAUGCCAGCACUAAGAGGUCUUCAACUUAGAUUACUGGAAGACGGUACCCACCUGUGCCAUUGCUGGUACAAGAAAAAAUGCCACUCCUAUUGUGCAUCUUGUAAUACUUUUCUUCCCUUAUUUCUUUUCAUUUUUUGAGGCAUUUUCAUAGAUAAACAAUGGUUUCUGAUGGAUUUUUUUUCAGUGCUCUGCCCUAAUUACCACAUUUCUGUUCAGGCAUCAUUCUGUAUUACCUGCACUAUUUGGUCCCAUCUUUCAGUUGCCCAUCUUGUUCAUUUCCUUGGCUCCACUGUAGUUGGGCGAUGAGCCAAAGAUAUCGGCUAUGGAACAAUGCACCUAUCCAAUCUAUGGAUUUUCCAUGCUGCAUAAGGACUGUUGACUGCAUCUGUUUUUAUUCUUCUUUAACUAUCCUUUUCAGGCAAUGAGGCUGAAGCAGCAGAGGGAGAUUGAGGAGAAGGAGACAGAAACAAGGAUAGGAUGGUUGUCGUUUAAAGACCUGAAGGAAAGCUUGGUCAGGUUGAAGAAUUCGUCCAAUGCCAGCACUAAGAGGUCUUCAAGUAAGCUUCAUCUCCCCCCAUGACUGCAAUGUAUGAGUCAUCUCAGAUGGGAGAUGGCCUGAACGCCUGAGGAUGACAGAAGAUUUGUUCCUACAGUUUUAUCUGAGUGGUAAUAAUCAUAUGACCGUUUUGGAUGGCAUAUAAACAUCAUGGUCAGCUCCAGGAAGGUUUCAACAGUGGACUUUUGUGUUCCACUGUUUCGUUUUUGGUGGCCCACCUAAGUUUUGGAUCUGGCUGAUUUUGAGCAUCAUAUCCUAUUGUGGUCUUUAAAAACAGAUGGACGGAGUGGAUUUGACACGGA